AUGUGUGGAAUCUUAUUAAGGAUAUCCAAUAAAUCAGUAGAAAUACCGACAUGUAUUCCAUCGACCUCCUUUACAACACAUAACGACAUUUUCCAAACUUGGGAAACUCAAGAUCCAGAAAUCAUUAAUCAAUUUUUAGUUGAAGGUUCAAAAUUAAAACCAUUAACUAAACAACAAUUAUUUAAAUUAAAUAAUUUAGAUUAUUUACGAGAAUUGAAUGCCAAAUUAUCAAAAAUUAAGAAUAAUGUAAAACUACCCGCCGAAGUUAAGAAAUUUGAAUUAGAUUCUAUUCAAUCAGAAAUAGAUACCUUAACCAAAGAAGAUGAUGAUGAUGAUGACGAAGUGGUGAUAUCUGAUGAUAUCAAUGAUUUGAUAUAUAAAGUAUCAAAUAGAGGACCUGAUUAUUUAAACUAUACCCAAUUCAAAUAUGACCAGAUUGAAUAUCAAUCAUUUUCCUCGAUUUUGUCAUUACGACAACCAUUCACUAAACAACCGAUACUUAGAGAUCAAUUUAUUUUGCAAUUUAAUGGGGAGUUAUAUAAUCAAGAAUGUUUGGAAACUAAUGAUACUCAAUUCAUAAUCGAUACAUUGCAUUCUCAAUUGGAACGUCUGGAGGAUAGAAAAUUGGCGAUUUUAUCAACGUUGAGAAAGUUGCAAGGGGAAUUUGCAGUUAUUUUGAUUGAUGUGAUUGAUGAAAAAGUAUAUUUUGGUCGUGAUUCAAUUGGAAAAAGAAGUUUGUGUUAUAAGAUGACCUCGAAUGAGAUUGUUAUAAGUUCUGUGGGGACUGAUGGGUUUAUAGAUUGUAAGAAUGAGAUAUAUGAAUAUGAUGUCCAAAAUCAUGGAAUUAAUAUCUAUCAUCUUCAUAACCCCCCAAUACCAUGUCCAUCUAAUCCUGAUAAUAUUGAUGAAGAACGGUUAUUAACUCAAUUAUAUGAUAAACUCAAACAAUCGACUCAAAUCAGACAAGAGUCAAUCCAUCCAAUAUCCCACCACGCCAAUGAAAGUACAUUAGCGGUACUCUUCAGUGGAGGAUUAGAUUGCACCAUAAUAGCCGGCCUAAUCUGCCAACACCUCUCCAAUACUUCCCGCACAUCCACGAUUGAUUUAUUAACAGUUGGGUUCGAAAAUCCUCGUACGGGAUUAUCAAGUCAUCAAUCCCCCGAUCGGAAACUUGCAACCAAAUCCUGGUUUCACUUAUCGAAACAAUUCCCGGGGCUCCAAAUCCAAUUGGUUGAGAUUAAUGUCGAUUAUCAAUCUUGGCUAGGGCAUAAAUCAAGAGUAUUGGAAUUGAUGUAUCCUCAAAAUACGGAAAUGGAUCUUUCGAUCGCGAUUGCGUUCUAUUUCGCCCUGUCGAAAUUACCUGAAUUAACCACCAUGAAGAAAUUAAUCAAUUAUGAUAUCGAUUGGGAGACAUUUGAAUCCAAUCCGGAGAAAUAUGUCGAGACCAAGGGGGGAUAUUUUUCAGAUUCGAAGGUUUUGUUUUCAGGAUUGGGUGCUGAUGAAUUAUUCGCCGGAUAUUCCCGACAUGAGUCAAUAUUCACAACCCUAUUGCCAGACACUGAGAGUGGGAUUGUGGAUGAGAAGUAUGAGGAAUUGACCCGGGAGUUGAUGAAUGAUAUCCAGAUCAUUCAUGUUCGGAAUUUGGGACGUGAUGAUCGGGUUAUGAGUUGUUGGGGGAAGGAAUUAAGAUAUCCAUACCUAGAUGAAUCUUUUAUCCUGUGGGUAGUGGAGAAUGUUCCUGGGAGGAUGAAGUUUAGGUAUGGGUUUGAGAUGAGUAAGAAAGGUGUAGUAAGGUUGAAGCCGGUGAGGAAAUAUGCGUUGAGGGAGUUGGCCAAGAGGAUGGGGUUGGGGUUUGUGGCGGAGGAGUUGAAGAGGGCGAUUCAGUUUGGAGCGAAGAGUGCAAAGAUGGAGAUUGGCCAGAGUAAGGUGAAAGGAACUGAUAGUUUAUAG